AUGUAUGGACUACAUGUACUGUGCACAAACCAUGUUUCGCGUUAUGCCACUGAUCAGUACGACAACGACCCUGCUCCCACUUCGGUGACACAGAUAGAAUUAUUCUGCGACUACAAGCCAGAGGGCUCGAAGUUCACAUGGGAGGACUUACAAAACGAUACAAAUCCUUUGGAUGAUGUAAAAGUUAAGAUCCCGUGCAAGGUGAACAUCAUUGACGAUGUUGAUGGCGGCACGAGAAACUGCAUGGUCAAACAGAGUCGAUAUGCGGAUAUUAAAUCGUACACGAUUAAGUUCGAUGAUAAAACCCAAACCUGGAGAGGAUUGGAUCGCCUAUUGCUUAAGAAGGAUUCGGGCGAUAAGAGUCACCUGAGAUCGAAAGUAGUCUUUGAUACAUUCAAAAAGAUGGAUCUCAGCAUCUGGGAAACGUUCAGGACUCACUUUACACACUUAGAGGUGCAGCUUAAGGUUGAGUCCGGCAAUGUAGACAUAGAGGAUAUGGGUAUCUAUACGAAUAUUGAGAAAGGGAAUGAGGACUGGAUAGAAACCAGAUAUAAAGACGGCUCAGGAGAUUUAUGA